UCUCUCUGUGUGUCUGUGUCUCUCGCCCACAGGUUAACAGCGGUGGUUGCUCUUCCGUUUUACUGCGCCAGCCUCAUUGAGACCGUCCAGAGUGAGAUCGUCCGUGACGACGCGUCCUCCGGCCUGCUGGAUUGCGUCCGUGAAGGUCUGACGCGGUUGUUGGGCGUCGGUGCUCCUCACAGUCGCCGUCUGCUUCCUCUCAGCUCUAUGCUUCUUCCUGCGGCGCUGCACGCCGUCCUGCGAUACGCCAUCGCUGCGUCCGUUCAGCGGGCUGCGCUGUGGCUGCACCAGCGGGGCAGGAAGCAGCGGGUGGACCCUAGCAACCCACUGGAUGCCUACUUCCCUGAGCUGGCGGCGGCGUGGGCGGGGUCUCUGGUGGCCGACAUCGUUCUGUUUCCUCUGGAGACGGCGCUGCACCGCCUCGGCCUGCAGGGCACGCGCACCAUCAUCGAUGCCACCGACGGCGUGGUCGCCGUGGGGAACGGUGGAAGCCCGCUAGUCCUGCCCGUCAACACACAAUACGACGGCUUCUCCGACUGCCUCCACGCCAUCCGCCGUAAGGAGGGCGUGGGCGGGUUCUACCGCGGCUUUGGAGCGCUGGCGACGCAGUACGCGCUGCACGGAGCGCUGCUGGCUGCGGCCCGGACUGUACUGAGGCUGCUGCUGCUGGACGGGAAGAGCAGCUAGAGCCGCAGCAUCACGUCCUGUACGUCGUCCACUGAUGCGUCUCUGCGGAGUGCCGCCGAUUAUUUCUGCCGCCAUGACAACCAGAGAAGAGAGAAAUAGGGUGGAUAUUUGUUUUGUCAUGGCGGCUGAAUGUGACGGCUGGUUGGUGGUCAGAAAAACACCAAGAUAAUAAAACCAGAGAACGAUGCGAGUACGAAACCUCCGAAUAUCUAUAAAAACGACGUCAGGCAGAAAGUGGCACUAUCAGGAACACCAUAGCAACCACCAUAGCAACCACCAUAGCAACCACGUUUAACUGACCUAGCCUCCCCAAACUACAUAGCAACCAACAGGAAGCCUGACAACCACCGUAGAAAGUUUAGCCUAGCUUAGCACAAAGACUGGAAGCAGGGGGAAACUGUUAGCCUAGACCCAUCGCCUCAGGUCUCUGAGCGUCACUUCCUGAUGUCACUUCCUGCCUUGAAAUAAAAUGUUGUGGUGAUCGUGUGUCACCAUGGAAACGCAGAGUCACUUCCUGUUCCAGCAUGACAGCAUGAGCUCAUGAUCCUGUUUAAAAUAAUAUUGUUUAAAUACUGAAAGCUGAUUGGUCACCUACAGAGAAAACAAAAACACUUUUUAUUUGUAUAAAGAUGUAAAAAUGAAAGAAGUUCUAUGUAUUCAAAUAAAUGUAGAUUUAGAUUAAGUUAUAUGUGAUUGAUAAAUAUUUAAAUCAUUAUUCAAAUAAAGAAAAAUAAUAAAUAAAUUGAUCAGCUGAAUCUGGUGUCAAUUUUUCAAAAUAAAUGCCAAAAGGUUUGAAAUAUUCAGCUGUUUUUCCUUUUUAAAAUCACUGGUUCGUAUUUGUUGUAAAUGUCACAUGUUGAAACUCGUGUUGUCGAAAAAUAAAACUGCUGUAAAUUUGUUUUCAUGUGAAAUAAAAUCAGCUGUGUGGAGA